UACACACCACGCUCCGCGAUGCUCUGACGCUCGACUCACUCGCGUCGCGUCACUCCAGAGGUUUCUGAUCCGGGAGAGCGAACAUCCGCCUCGGCGCUCGAUGCACUCCGCGUUUCAUUUAUUUGCUGUUAAACCGAAGACGAGUGCCUGAACGAAUGAGUAUCGAUACAAAUUUUAGAAUAUGAACUUUUUGCCAAGUGGAAUAUGUUUUUAUCUGUCCGUGGCAAUUUGCUGGUUCACAUCAAGGGUCGACGCAUCGUGGUGGUACAUGGGCACUCUUGGAUCGCAAGUGAUGUGCGACAACAUCCCGGGCUUAAUUAACAAACAACGCCAGUUGUGCCGCCAGCAUCCCAAGGUGAUGCAGGCUAUCGGAGCCGGAAUUAAAAACUGGAUCGGAGAAUGUCAGCACCAGUUCAGAAACCACCGCUGGAAUUGCAAUACCAUGGCGCGCGAGCACAAUCUUUUCGGAAGGCUUUUGCAUCGAAGCAGUCGCGAGGCCGCCUUUGUCUAUGCCAUUUCCUCAGCAGGUAUGGUCUACACCUUGACCAGGGCCUGCAGUCAAGGUGAACUAGAAAACUGCUCCUGCGACCCUGGAAAAAAGGGCUCUUCUCGAGAUGCCAAGGGAGCUUUCGACUGGGGUGGCUGCAGCGAUCACGUUGACCAUGCGAUCAAGUUCACUCAGGUCUUCAUAGACGCCAAGGAGAGGAAGGAGAGAGAUGCACGAGCGCUCAUGAACUUGCACAACAACCGUGCAGGGAGGAAGGCGGUGAAGCGCUUUAUGAACCUUGAGUGUAAGUGUCAUGGUGUCAGUGGCUCGUGCAAUGUACGAACCUGCUGGUUAGCCAUGGCAGACUUCAGGCAGACCGGUGACUAUCUCCGCAAAAAGUACAACAAUGCCAUUCAGGUGGUGAUGAACCAGUAUGGAACCGGCUUCACUAGUGCCUACAGGAUGUUCAAGAGGCCUACCAAAACUGACCUUGUCUAUUUUGAAGACUCACCUGACUACUGUAUAUGGGACCAUGAUUCUGGUUCUGUGGGCACAGGUGGGCGAGUGUGCAACCGUACGUCGCGUGGGGCAGACAGCUGUGAGGUCAUGUGUUGUGGGCGGGGCUAUGACACGUCACGCGUGAGCCGCACCACCAAGUGUGAGUGCAAGUUCCACUGGUGUUGUGCUGUUCACUGCAGGGACUGCCAAGAGGAGGUAGAUGUGCAUACCUGCAAAACCCAGUCAUGACCCCACCACCCCUGCACUUCGGUUACCUUCCAGAGUAAAGAUCCCAUCUCAAACCUUUGACAUUGUAAACUGCUUUUCUGUUGCAAAUUAGAUCAAACACAGAUGACCGGCAACUUUAAACCUAUGCAGAUUUGUCGCAUCACAACUUUUUGAAGUCUUGUGUAGUUUUACUUGCUGUUUUUCUCCCAUCGUAACACUCAUAUUUAUUACAGCUUUGGAAUGUUUAUCUUUAAUGUAUUUCAUAUUUUGAACUGUAAAUACAAACUCUAUGUAAUUUAAAAUAAAACGUAUGUUAU